AUGUGGUUUUCGUCCUCCGAGAAAGAGAAGGAACGGCAGUGCUUGUCUUCUCGUUUUGUCAGCUCGCGCGGAGGAGAAGCAGGCCUCUUCGAGCUCCCCUCAACGUCGGCGCGUCACCCGCCGAGCGAGACCCCCACAUACCGGAAGGCUCGGAGGCGAGGUUGUUGGAGAAGAAAGGUUGAGCCCCUCCGCCUCCGCUGGUUGCUUCCAUCGCCCCCACGCCGACGCGACGCCCCUCCGCCGGUUGUCUCCGUCGGCAUCGAAGUCCGUCGCCCCCGACUCCGACGCCCACGCCUCGGCCUCCGCCUACGCGCCCGACGCCAACGCCGACGCCGACGCCCUUCGCUUCCCUCUUGCGACCUCCACUCCGCUCUCUCCCUCUUUCCUCUGCGGAGCGCCCUUACUGGCCAACCCUGCGAGCAACCUCUCUCCGAGUCUCCGUCUCCUUCGCGGCCAGGAUGGGAGAAGGCUGAAAAUGAAGUCUUGGUGCUAAAGAAACAACUGGAGGCUGCAACACAAAGGAACUCGACACUAGAAGAUCGAAUCAGUCAUCUUGAUGGAGCACUUAAGGAAUGUGUGAGGCAGCUCAGACAGGUGAGGGAAGAGCAAGAGCAGAAGAUCCCAGAAGCUGUGGUCAAGAAAACUCGUGAGUGGGAAUCAACAAAGGCCGAGCUUGAGACUAAGCUUUCCAAUGUCCAUGCCCAGCUUCAAGCAGCCAAGAGUGAAGCUUCUUCAGUUAUAUGUUCUGAUCUCGGCCCUAAGCUUGAUGCUGCUGAAAAAGAGAAUGUGGCCCUCAAAGCCAAAGUCCUUUCUAUGUCGGAUGAGCUAGAACUUAGGAUUAUUGAGCGUGAUUUGAGCACCCAAGCAGCAGAAACAGCCGGCAAACGGCAUUUAGAGAGCAUAAAGAAGGUAGCUAGGCUGGAAGCUGAAUGCCGCAGACUCAGAGCCAUGUCUCGGAAAGCAAGUGCGACAAACGAUCUUAAGAAUUUGAUUAUUCAACUAGCUGAGGCAGGACGAUGAAAUGAGUGAGGUGAGAUAGGAAGAGUGUCUACUUUGAUUUUUUGCCUUGUGAAUAAACAACCACCAUUGUAAAUGCA